CUCUCUGUGACCCAGACCAAUUGAUGAACCUGCCUGCCACUCACUGCCCCUCCCAAGAAAGCAAGAAAACCCACGUGACGUGAUUGCAGCCGCCGCCGCCGCUUUGGCCGGAGCCGGAGGUGGUGGUGUGGCCGGUGGGCGGGGAGCGAAGCCAAGCCCAAGCCAUCUUCGACACAGCCGCGCCACCUUCGACGCCGCUCCGCUCGCGGUCCAAGAAGAGAACGCCAGCUGCAAGCAUCGUCCUUGAUUGUUUUGGUUGCAGGUCGAGUCGAUCUUGGGGGUGGUCUCUGACUCUCUGCUCUGGUGUGCUGUUGGGGCGUUGCUCACUAGCCGCAAGAAAAAGAAAUGGCGAGCAGAUCCGCAUCUGCACUUCAAGUCCUUUUGGUUUUUGCAACCGUUUUUGCUGGGACUCAAUGGACCACUUCAUCUGGCAUGUACUGCAACGACUUGACAGCAAGUGUUCAUCGGCCACACAGUGUCUCAAUCACCGAGUUUGGUGCUGUUGGUGAUGGUGUUACUCUUAACACGAAAGCGUUUCGGAAUGCAAUAUUUUACCUCAGCUCAUUUGCGGAUAAGGGUGGGGCAGAGCUCUUUGUGCCUGCUGGAAGGUGGUUGACCGGGAGUUUUAAUCUUAUUAGUCAUCUCACCAUGUCACUUGAUGCCGAUGCAGUAAUAAUCGGAUCUACAGAUUCAUCUGACUGGCCAAUUAUUCAUCCUCUGCCAUCUUAUGGACGUGGCAGAGAACUCCCUGGUAAAAGACAUAAAAGUCUUAUUUUUGGAUCCAAUCUUACUGAUGUAGUAAUAACUGGUGCUAAUGGCACCAUUGAUGGCCAGGGAGAAAUUUGGUGGAACUGGUUUCACAAUCACACAUUAAAUUAUACUAGGCCACCUCUUCUUGAACUGAUGUACUCUGACAGAGUUGUCAUUUCCAAUUUAACCUUCAUGAAUGCACCGUUUUGGAAUAUUCAUCCUGUAUACUGCAGCCAAGUUCUUGUCCAGCAUCUGACGAUCCUAGCACCUAUCAGUUCGCCAAACACUGAUGGCAUUGACCCAGACUCAUCCACAAAUGUGUGCAUCGAAGAUUGUUACAUCAGAAACGGUGAUGACAUUGUUGUCAUAAAGAGUGGCUGGGAUGAAUAUGGCAUCUCUUUUGCCCAUCCCAGCUCCAACAUUAGCAUCCGCAACAUCACUGGACAGACAAGGAACAGCGCAGGAAUAGCCUUUGGAAGCGAGAUGUCAGGUGGUAUAUCAGAGGUCCGAGCCGAGGGCCUUCGCUUCAUCAAUUCAGUGCAUGGGAUCAGAAUCAAGACUGCCCCAGGGCGCGGUGGGUACGUGAGGAACAUAUACAUAGCUGAUGUGACCAUGGACAACGUCUCGAUAGCCAUCAGGAUCACUGCAAAUUACGGUGAACAUCCUGACGACAAGUACGACAAGAACGCGCUCCCGGUCAUAAGCAACAUAACGAUCAGAGAUGUGGUGGGGGUCAACAUUGGCACUGCAGGGAUGCUGCAGGGCAUCCAGGGGGAUAUCUUCAGCAACAUUUGCCUGUCAAAUGUGUCACUCGGUGCCAAAUCCGCCGAUCCCUGGAAUUGUUCGCUCGUCGAAGGGUACUCAAAUUCUGUGUCUCCAGAGAUCUGUGAGCAACUUAGGCCCAGCCCUGGGCCAGGCCAGGUAUGCUAUACUGGUAAUAGCUACUUCCCAGUGCCAGCAGCACAGCAGCCACUUAGGUCUGGCGCUACCCGGUUACAAAAUCCUUUCCACAAGUUUACUUCUCUAUACAGUUAUUGAUAAUGUCCUUGUAGAUUUUUAUUUUUGGUGUAAGUGAUUGUUGAAGACUUUUCAAUUUUGGCUUAAGGCCUGCCUCAUGUAGUUGUGUAUAUAGAUCUCUGGAGAUAAGUGUUGGUGUGAUGUUAUUAUUGCAAUGACCGUAUUGUGUGGAUUCUUAUUCGAAAUAAAAGCAAUCCAUGUUUAUAACUUCAAAA